UAGCUACGCAUACAAAAAUCCAAAUUCAAAUCAAAAAGAAAGUGAACGCCAACAAGUGCUGUGCGAAAGUGAAAGUACCCGUUCGCCUGUCGCGCUCCUCGGCAGGAGUCGGCCCCAGCCAUGUCGCGGGCACGAACAUAUACCUAUUAUCGCAUAAAGGAUAAGUGGCUCAGCCUGCUGCUCAUCUGUGUGCUCACGCCCAACAGCGUCUGCGCCGUGGGCUAUCCGACAGCUCAGCAGGAGCACGACAUGCUCAUACUGGAUGCGCUGUCACGGCGCAGCGGCACCGGCUAUUACGGCGAGAACAGCGUCAUGGAGAUGCUAUCCCGAAUGAUACCGCAGUCGUGCCGCUUCCGUGGCCACAAAUUCGAGUGCGGCCUGUCCAUCUCGUGCGUCUUGGGCGGCGGCAAACCUCUCGAUCUCUGCUCCGGCGGCAUGAUCUGGUCAUGCUGUGUGGACAAAGAUCUCGACGCCGAGGAGAGUCCCCAUGCGGCGCCAAUCAACAAUACAAGUGACAUAAUACACUUGCACGACAUUUAUCCCGACUUGUCGCCUGCUGUUAGCAAGCCGGCGCAUCAUCCAGCACACCACCAGACGCAACACAACAACCACAAUAGCAACAACAACGGCCUGCCUGCGGCCUCGUCAGCACGGCCGGCCUAUCCCAACCACGCCUAUUACAGCACUAAGCGCCCAGCGCUCUACAACGGCAAUCCCUAUAAACCCAGCUCCAGCUCCGGCUCCGGCUCCAGCUCUAGCUCGUCUGUACACCGGCCCAGCGUCUCGAGCUUAAAUAGCUGGGAGCAUGACUCGAACCACUUGGGCAUCACCAAUCAUCUGGACAGUUUCUUUGAUGCGGAUGCACCGCCAGAUGGCGCUGUUGCAACCCGACCACCAGCAUUACACGCACCCCAGGCACAGCCCUUCGCCGUGGGCAAUGUUCUCGAUCUGAAUGCCGGCGAGGCGGUGGAUGAGUACCAAAGUGGUGGCUACAACGACGGCAGCUAUCGUCCAGUGCCGGGCUGCGGCGAGGUUUUUUCGCGCACCAAUCGCAUUGUGGGCGGCCACUCGACGGGCUUUGGCUCGCAUCCCUGGCAGGUGGCGCUCAUCAAGAGCGGGUUUCUAUCACGCAAGCUGAGCUGCGGUGGUGCAUUGAUCUCCAAUCGCUGGGUGGUGACAGCCGCUCACUGUGUGGCCACCACCACUAAUUCGAACAUGAAAAUUCGGCUGGGCGAGUGGGACGUGCGCGGACAGGAGGAACGUCUCAAUCACGAGGAAUAUGGCAUUGAGCGCAAGGAAGUGCAUCCGCAUUAUAAUCCAGCCGAUUUCAAGAACGACGUCGCACUCAUACGACUCGAUCGCAAUGUGGUUUACAAGCAGCACAUCAUACCCGUCUGCCUGCCACCGCCCACCACCAAGCUGACGGGCAAAAUGGCCACCGUUGCGGGCUGGGGGCGUACGCGGCACGGCCAGAGCACUGUGCCCUCGGUGCUGCAGGAGGUGGAUGUGGAGGUCAUCUCGAAUGAUCGCUGUCAGCGCUGGUUCCGCGCCGCCGGCAGACGUGAGGCCAUACAUGAUGUCUUCCUCUGCGCCGGCUAUAAGGAGGGCGGUCGUGAUUCCUGCCAGGGCGACAGCGGCGGGCCGCUCACGCUUACAAUGGACGGCCGCAAAACGCUAAUCGGACUCGUCUCCUGGGGCAUUGGCUGCGGACGGGAGCACCUGCCGGGCGUCUAUACCAACAUACAGCACUUUGUACCGUGGAUCAACAAGGUUAUGGCCAACGACAACAAUGCGUGAAUACAGUUUCCAUAGCUAGACUGUCAUUUGAUCAAUUUGGAAGACUGCAGCCACCGCCUGCAGCUGUUGCAACUGCGACAGCAACACCCGUUUGCCUGGCCAUGUGAUUCCUUUACGACUCGGGGUUGCUAGUGUUUAAGUCGAAGCUCUCAAUCUCACAGCAGCUGCUAUUUAUUUUUUGUAUACCCUACCCCUAACCCAAACCCACUGGCGAUAUUCUAUUGAAUGCUGCUCGAACCUUGGAGGUUAACUGCUAAUCAUUAAAAUAUUUAUUACAUUCAU